CCGCGGUGCGGCGUCGAGUCUCAGAAGGUAUCAUGGCUCGCGCGUUGCUGCUCCUGGUCGUGCUGUCCGUCGCCCUGUACGUGCAGGCGGCGCCUCCGCCGGCCAAGUACACCAACAAGUAUGAUGGCAUCGAUCUGGACAGGAUCCUCAGGAACGACAGAAUUCUCACCAACUACAUCAAGUGCCUGAUGGACCAGGGCCCUUGCACCUCCGAAGGGCGCGAACUUAAGAGAACUCUUCCCGAUGCUCUCGAGACUGACUGCACCAAAUGCAACCCUAACCAGAAGACGGCUGCCGAUAAGGUGAUCAGAUUCCUGAUCGACAACCGCCGAAAGGACUUCGACCGUCUUGAGAAGAAGUACGACCCCAGCGGUGCCUACAGAAAACGCUUCGAGGCUACUCUGCAAAAGCAAUAAUACAAACAAUUUCCUUGUAAAACAAAAUUUCCACGGGCGCCUAACAAAAAAACCCAGCGCUUAUGACGCAAAUCAAGGAGACGCGCAUUAGUGUCAACGCACCCGACAAAGCACAUCAAGAAAAGAGCCCUAUCUACUUAUUACAUUAAUAAGGCUUUGGAAUUACCUAUUAUAUAUUUGAAGUACAAAAACGACAAGAUUGAAGAGAAUUUCAAAUGAGAUGUUAUUACUAUUCAUCAUGCACAAGGUCACAUACUACAAUUUAGCGCUUCCGCCGCGCAAUGCGUCUCAAAAAAAUACAAGAUUUUACAUUUUUGAUAAACAACUAUAUUUGCAUUUUAUCAUCGGAGAGUGUUUUUUAAUAAAUUAUUCUUAAGCAAA